AUGGCGCUUGGAAGGCCCCGCAGUAGCAAGAGAUCCUCCUCUUCUUCCUAUGCUUCCACUGUUACAACCCUCAUCUUCUUAGCCUUAUGUGUUCUCGGAAUAUGGAUGCUCACCUCCACCUCUGUUGUACCUCCGCAGACCACCACUCGGACUUCUUCCGAUACCUCCUCCGCUACUACCACCAUGGACAAUCUCCAACUCCCUAGAUCAGAGGAUAAGGAGGCGUCUGCGGUGUUCGAGGAUAAUCCUGGUGAUCUCCCUCUUGAUGCUAUUAAAUCCGAUGAUAGUAAUGAUAGUAAUGUUAUCGAUGACCGAUCAAAGGACAGUGCCAGUGACGGGCAGGAAUCUAGAGACCAAGACGGGGGUGGCGGAAAUGAGGCUCAAUUGUCGGAGGAGAGUGCAAUGACUCAAAACCAACAAGUGGUUGAGAGCCAAAAAGUAGAGGAGAAGGUAGACUUGGGAGGGAGCCAAGAACAAAACGCUAAUUCAUCUGAUCAAAGCAAUGAAUCCACGGAGACUGUGGAAUCUGAUAAUAAUAAAUCGAAUGAAGCAUCGCUCGAGAUUAAUCCUCAAGAACAACCACAAGAACAGCUGCCGGAAGAGCCUGAAAACAAUGGUAGUCAACAAGAAAUUCCACAAGCAAUUACAAAUGAAGAGCAGCAGCAGCAGCAAGCAACCGACAUCCCAGAAAACAGCGGAGACUCUCAAACCGAUCAACAGCAAGCAACCGACAUCCCAGAAAACAGCGGAGACUCUCAAACCGAUCAACAGCAAGCAACCGACAUCCCAGAUAACAGCGGAGACUCUCAAACCGAUCAACAGCAAACAACCGACAUCCCAGAAAACAGCGGAGACUCACAGACCGAUCAACAGCAAGCAACCGACAUCCCAGAAAACAGCGGAGACUCUCAAAACGAUCAACAGCAAGCAGCCGACAUUCCAGAAAACAGCGGAGACUCUCAAACCGAUCAACAGCAAGCAGCCGACAUCCCAGAAAACAGCGGAGACUCUCAAACCGAUCAACAGCAAGCAGCCGACAUCCCAGAAAACAGCGGAGACUCUCAAACCGAUCAACAGCAAGCAGCCGACAUCCCAGAAAACAGCGGAAACUCUGAAAACGAUCAACAGAAACCUGAAACUGAAGCUGAAAAAGUCCCACAAGAAUCUGAAACCCAAAACCAGGAUGAUGGCAAGACCGAACAACAGCAACAACAACAGGACAGUUCAAACACAAGCAACAACAGUGAAGAAACUGCGUCGGAGCAAAAUCAGCCACGAGAGGAACACCGACGCAACAAAAUGCCAACUGAGAAUCAAGAAUCACAGAAAACUGAAUCCAGGGAGAGCCAAGAAACACCAAAGGACUCAAAAACAACAGAAAACAAAGUGGAAGAGACAACCACUGCAGGGUCACUUGAUACCUCGGCAAUACCCAAAGAGUCGAAGGAGUCUAAAAAGUCGUGGUCGACACAAGCCGCGCAAUCGGAGAACGAGAAAGAUCGCCGGCGGGAAGAAUCCACUAGCAACGGCAGCCUCUACGGGUACACUUGGCAGCUCUGCAACGUCACGGCGGGCACCGAUUACAUCCCCUGUUUAGACAACGAGAAAGCACUGAAGCAGCUGCGUACAACAAAGCACUUCGAGCACCGGGAGAGGCACUGCCCCGAGGAGGGACCCACCUGCCUUGUCGCACUGCCAGAGAAUUACAAAAGAUGCAUCGAAUGGCCCAAAAGCAGGGACAAGAUUUGGUACCACAAUGUGCCGCAUACAAAGCUAGCCGAAGUGAAAGGCCACCAAAACUGGGUCAAGGUCACGGGCGAGUUCUUGACUUUUCCCGGCGGUGGCACCCAGUUCAUCCACGGCGCUCUCCACUACAUAGAUUUUAUUCAACAGGCUGUACCGGAUAUUGCAUGGGGGAAGAGGACAAGAGUGGUAUUGGACGUGGGCUGUGGAGUUGCCAGCUUCGGCGGCUAUCUGUUCGAAAAGGAUGUUCUUACAAUGUCGUUUGCUCCAAAAGACGAGCAUGAAGCUCAGGUGCAAUUCGCACUUGAGCGGGGAAUUCCGGCCAUUUCUGCUGUCAUGGGCUCACAACGUCUGCCAUUUCCAAGCAUGGUUUUUGACAUUAUUCACUGUGCUCGGUGUAGAGUGCCUUGGCAUGCAGAAGGAGGGAUGCUUCUCUUAGAAUUGAACCGAGUGCUGAGGCCAGGUGGAUUUUUUGUUUGGUCUGCAACUCCCGUGUAUCAGAGCCUGGAAGAAGACAUCGAGAUUUGGAAGGAAAUGUCUGAUUUGACGAAGUCCAUGUGUUGGGAGCUAGUGACGAUUCAGAAAGACAAGCUGAAUUCCAUUGGGGCCGCCAUUUACAGGAAACCAGCCUCAAAUGAAUGCUACGAUCAAAGAAAACACAAGCGUCCUCCCAUGUGCAAAAACGACGAUGAUCCAAACGCAGCUUGGUACGUGCCAUUGCAAGCGUGCAUGCACCGUGUACCAGUUGACAAUGCAAUGAGGGGCAGUAACUGGCCACAACAAUGGCCGAAGCGGUUGCAAGCACCUCCUUACUGGCUAAACAGCUCACAAAUGGGAAUUUAUGGAAAACCAGCUCCGCAAGAUUUCACAACUGAUUAUGAACAUUGGAAAAGAGUUGUGAAUAAAACUUACAUGAGUGGAUUAGGCAUAAAUCUGUCCAACAUCAGAAAUGUGAUGGAUAUGAGAUCUGUUUAUGGCGGGUUUGCAGCAGCGUUGAGAGACCUUAAAGUCUGGGUAAUAAAUGUGGUGAAUAUUGACUCUCCUGAUACACUUCCGGUGAUCUACGAGCGCGGUCUCUUUGGGAUUUACCAUGAUUGGUGUGAGUCGUUCAGCACAUAUCCAAGAACAUAUGAUCUACUACACGCUGAUCAUCUUUUCUCAAAGUUGAAAAAGAGGUGCAAACUGCAACCUGUCUUGGCAGAGGUGGAUCGAAUAGUAAGGCCUGGAGGCAAAUUGAUUAUCCGAGAUGAAUCCAGCACGAUUGGAGAAGUGGAGAACCUGUUGAAGUCUCUCCGUUGGGAAGUUCACUUGACCUUCUCCAAAAAUCAGGAAGGGCUUCUGAGUGCUCAGAAAGGCGAUUGGAGACCAGAUACUUAUGCAGAGUCUUCCUGA